AUCCCGGGCAGCUGCCUGGGAGCCUUCCCUCGCCUCUCCUCUCCUCGCUUCUCCUGCUCGCCUCGCCUCGGCACCGGGCGAGCCGAGCCAGCCCCGCGUGUGUGUGCACGCGUGGGCGGGGGGGCUGCCGCAUGGAUUUGGCGGAGGCUGGCAGGGAACACAUGGGUUGGGGUUCCGUGGCUGGCCCGCGGUGGCUGUCCGUCCGUCCGUCCUGCCAGCCGCGCUCAUGGACGCGAUCAUCCUGCAGGAGCGCCUGGUGGAGCGGCUGCUGUCCCCCCGGCCGCAGGCACCGCGGAGCCAGCCGGGCCGGCUGAAGGACCAUGAGAAGCAGUACGUGGGCUUUGCCACUCUGCCGAACCAGGUGCACCGCAAAUCCGUGAAGAAGGGCUUCGACUUCACCCUGAUGGUCGCAGGAGAGUCGGGUCUGGGCAAAUCCACGCUGGUGAAUAGCCUGUUCCUGACAGACCUCUACAAAGACAGAAAGCUCCUCAAUGCAGAGGAGAGAAUCAAUCAAACAGUGGAAAUCGUCAAGCACACGGUGGACAUUGAGGAGAAGGGUGUAAAGCUGAAGCUGACCAUAGUGGAUACCCCAGGCUUUGGAGAUGCUGUUAACAACACUGAGUGCUGGAAGCCCAUCACUGACUACAUUGACCAGCAGUUUGAGCAGUAUUUCCGUGACGAGAGUGGCCUGAACCGGAAGAACAUCCAGGACAACCGAGUGCAUUGCUGCCUCUACUUCAUCUCCCCCUUCGGGCACGGGCUGAGGCCAGUGGAUGUUGAGUUCAUGAAGGCUUUGCAUGAGAAGGUCAACAUCGUGCCCCUGAUUGCCAAAGCUGACUGCCUGAUCCCCUCCGAGAUCCGGAAGCUGAAGGAGAGGAUCCGGGAGGAGAUCGACAAAUUUGGCAUUAAAGUGUACCAGUUUCCCGAGUGUGACUCCGAUGAAGAUGAAGAGUUCAAGCAACAAGACAGAGAGCUGAAGGAGAGCGCUCCCUUCGCCGUCAUCGGCAGUAACACCGUGGUGGAGGCCAAGGGCCAGCGAGUCCGAGGACGGCUCUACCCCUGGGGCAUUGUGGAAGUGGAAAACCAGGCGCACUGCGACUUCGUGAAGCUGCGGAACAUGCUGAUCCGCACGCACAUGCACGACCUGAAGGACGUCACCUGCGACGUCCACUACGAGAACUAUCGGGCUCAGUGCAUCCAGCAGAUGACCAGCAAGCUGACCCAGGACAACAGGAUAGAGAGCCCCAUUCCCAUCCUGCCCCUGCCAACACCAGACACUGAGACAGAGAAGCUGAUCAAGAUGAAGGAUGAGGAGUUACGGCGGAUGCAAGAGAUGCUGCAGAAGAUGCAGCAGCAGAUGCAGGAUCAGUGAGAGGCAGGUACCCAGAGGGCAGAGGGAAUCCCCCAGUGACCACCUGAGACCUGGCAAGAGCUGUGAACGUUUAGAAAAGGUUUCCUGUUGUACAGAGACUCGUGGGCAAGAGCUGCACCCGCACCCUCUAAUUUAUUAGCAGCAUUGUUGGCUUUUUGGCCAGCUGGAUUGUGGAGGAGGCUGUUCACUUAACAGUUUACUGAAAUGUAUUUCUUUCUUUUUUAAUAUGCUUUUGUUUCUUUUUUUUUUUUUUUUUUUUUUUUUUUUUU